AUGAGCAACUACACGACCGCAACAGCCAUGCUGGAGGCUCUCGAGGCCGCCGGAGUCACCGAGCUCUACGUCAACCUCGGGAGUGAUCACCCAGCCAUUAUCGAAGCCAUGAGCAAACGCCAGGCGGACGGCAAGAAUGGCGGUCUACGGUUCAUCACCGCACCCAACGAGUUCGUAGGACUCAGCGCUGCGCAGGGCUACUUCCAGACCACCGGUCGCAUGCAGGCUGUCCUGGUCCACGUCGAUGCCGGCACGCUGGCCAUGGCUGGCGCCAUCCACAACGUCUCACGAGCCCGCAUCCCUGUUGUGAUGAUUGCGGGUACUAGCCCAGUCACAGAGGAAGGGGAGCUGACUGGGUCCCGUAACGAGUUUAUUCAUUAUUUGCAAGACACCGCUGAUCAACGGGGAAUCGUCCGUGGUUACACCGUGCACAAUAAUGAGAUCCGUACCGGCAAGAAUGUGAAGCAGCUCGUGCUCCGCGCUGCACAGUUCUCCAAGAGCGAUCCCCAAGGGCCAUCCUAUCUCAUAGCUUCCCGAGAGGCCUUGGAACAACAGAUUGAGCCGUACACGGUGGACGCCAAAAAGUGGAAGCCACUUGCACCUCGAGGUUUGGCACCCAGCUCAGUGAAACAGAUUGUAGCGAGUUUGCUGCAGGCCAGGUCGCCGGUCGUGGUAACGACCUACCUUGGUCGAGACACCAAGGCUGUGCCGGAGCUGAUCAAACUUUGCGAGACGGCUGGAAUUGCUGUGCUGGAAGCUCUGCCCGCCUACAUGAACUUUCCGCACAAUCAUCCGUUGUAUGUCGGCAACCACUGGAGCGAAGGGCUCCCAAACGACGUUUUGAACAAUGCCGACGUCGUGCUUGUGCUUGAUUGCGACGUGCCAUGGAUCAAGUCAGUGUUCAGGCCGUCGCCGACUGCCACGGUCUUUCAUAUCGACUGUGACCCGCUCAAGGUGAAUAUGACCCUCUUCCACCUUGACGUGGAACUCUCGAUCCAGGCGGACAUGCGAACGGCGCUCGAGCAGGUGAACGAGACCAUCUCGGGUGCCACAGCGGCAUGGCAGAGCGAUACCGUCGCUGCGGCCGUGACCGCACGCACCUCUGCUACCAAAGCCAUUCAUGACGCCUACAUCGACAAGAUCUACUCCAUGGAGGCCCAGCCCAGCCAGGGUAUCACACCUCACUUUGCACUGUCGCGCUUGCGCGCCCACUUGCCAUCAGACGCCAUCCUCCUCAGCGAGGCGAUCUCCAACUAUAGGCCUGUGUGCGACACGCUUAUGCGCUCCGAGCCGGGCAGCUACUUCACGUCCGGAGCCACGGCGCUGGGUUGGCACGGCGGCGCGGCGGUCGGCGCAGCCAUGGCCCACCCGGGCCGCAUGGUCGUGGCCGUGACGGGCGACGGGAGCUUCAUGUUCAGCAUCCCGUCGACGGUGCACUGGAUGGCGCGACGGUAUCAGGCCCCCUUCCUGACUGUGGUGCUGAACAAUCGCGGUUGGAAGAGCCCGAUGCUGAGCGCGCUGGCGGUUCACAAGGCGGGCCAUGCCAGUCGGGUAAACAAUUCGGAUGAGCUGCACGUUACUUUUGACCCCAGCAAUGACCAUGCGCAGGUGGCGAUGGGGGCGGGUGCUGGUUGGGGAACUGUCGUCAAGGAAGCCAGUGAGGUGGAGGCAGCUAUCGUCAAGGGACUCGAGGUCGUGAGAUCGGGAAGGGCAGCUGUUGUGGAUAUCUGGUUGCCAAAGUUCAAUGUUGGGGAUCGUGUGGGGUGA